GAAGUGCAGCUGUCCGAGCAAAAAAUCUCACUUGCAUUUCUUUCAAUUUCCCAUUUUUAAAAAUUCGUGUCGUGCAAGCGAGAGAGAUCUCCCGAAAUCAUCCAACAAUGGCAAACCCUAACGUUCAAGAGAUUAUAGAGAAGCAAGUACUUACUGUAGCGAAGGCAGUGGAAGACAAGAUCGACGAAGAGAUCGCAGCCUUAGAUCGUCUCGAUCUUGACGAUAUAGAGGCAUUGAGGGAGAGACGCUUGCAACAAAUGAAGAAAAUGGCGGAGAAGCGUAGCCGUUGGAUCUCUUUAGGUCAUGGCGAGUACACUGAGAUUCCAUCAGAGAAGGAUUUCUUCUCUGUUGUUAAAGCUAGUGAUCGUGUCGUUUGCCAUUUCUAUCGCGACAAUUGGCCUUGCAAGGUGAUGGACAAGCACAUGGGUAUACUGGCAAAGCAACAUAUAGAGACACGUUUUGUGAAGAUUCAUGCUGAGAAAAGUCCAUUUUUGGCUGAGAAACUCAAGAUUCUUGUUCUUCCAACACUUGCACUUAUAAAGAAUGCCAAAGUAGAUGAUUAUGUGGUGGGAUUUGAUGAGCUUGGAGGGACAGAUGAGUUUAACACAGAGGAUUUGGAGGAGAGAUUGGCUAAAGCUCAAGUAAUAUUUUUCGAGGGUGAAUCAUCUCUAAAUUCAUCUAAAUCAAGUGCACAAACCAGGAGGAGCGUGCGACAAAGCGAAAGUCAUGACUCUUCAGAUUCAGAUUAAGUCAUAGUAGCCUCAUUUUGGUACAAGGAGAUUUUAAUCCUAGUCUCGUAGAGCAUGUGUGUUACAAUCUGCAAAUUGAGCCACAGCUCAUUUGACUGCCAUAGCUGUGUUGUUCGGUUUGUAGAAAGCAGAUCGGAUAUUCUAUCCUUAAGCUUUAUGUUGUACAAGUCUAUGAGUCUCAGCUGCUAUAUUGGGGUGGCAUUGUCAUUUGAUUCUUGUAUUUGAUAUAAACCUUAUCGAUUAUUCCAUAUUUUGAGAUCCAUGUUGUCAUUGGGCGUCAUCCAGUGGAUGGGAUUAUGGCGCUGUCAACUCUUGUACUAUUUGUUGUCUUGGCUGAAUUUCUGCUUCCAGAUGAAAUUCACCAAAGCAUUAAUAUUAUGUAUGAUAUUUUGCUUUGAUGCUCC